AUGGCGCCCUCGACGACGACACUGUGGAUUGCUGCACUUAUUGUAACCGUGUGCGACGCAGCACCGACGGUUUCGUUCCCCAUCAACUCCCAGGUGCCGCCAAUCGCCCGCAUCGGCGAGCCUUUCGAAUUCGUCUUCUCACCAACGACCUUCUCUUCCGCUUCACCCAUGACGUAUACGUUGUCGAAUCCGCCACACUGGCUAUUGAUCGAGAGUGGCGCGCGACGAAUAUUCGGCACCCCUCGUGAGGCAGACAUUCCCUCCGGACAAGUGGUCGGUGUGCCGAUCACGAUCGUCGCAACUGAUCCCUCCGGGUCCGUCUCGUCGCCCGCGACGCUUGUGGUAUCGAGGAGCCCGGCCCCGGUUGUCCAGAUUCCGCCCGCGGAACAGGUGCCCAAGUUCGGCCAACCGUUCUCUCAGCCGGCCUCGGUGCUCUCAUACCCAGACAAGGAUUUUGACUAUACUUUCUCGCCGACCACCUUCUCCCGAACGGACCUCAACUACUAUGCUGUCGGUGGCGACAACAGCCCUUUGCCAGCCUGGAUCUCGUUUGACCAAAGCAGACUGGCAUUCCGCGGGAGGACGCCGCCGCUAAGCUCGCUAGUCAACCCGCCGCAGGCAUUUGAGUUCAAGCUCAUGGCCUCGGAUGUGGUUGGGUUCUCGGCCGUCUCGUUGUCAUUAUUUGUUGUUGUAGGAGAGCACCAGCUGACGACCGAAGAGACCUCGCUUACGAUCAACGCGACCAUCGGAUCUGCCGUGUCCGACAAGAACUUGAAGGGCAAGGUUAGACUGGAUGGGAAAGAAGUAGAGCCUGGUGAUAUAAGAUCAGCCGAGACGCCAAACAUUCCCUCCUGGCUUUCGUUCAACAAGAACGACUGGGAGUUCCAGGGCAUGCCACCGGCAGGUUCCCGGCCCACCUCUUUCCCCCUAAUUCUCCAAGACCGAUACGGAGACUCUCUCAACUUGACUGUGAAGAUCGAUUUUGCUACGGCUUUGUUCCGUAGUUCUCUCAGGGAGCUGCAAGUCAAGCCUGGGUCUCGACUCUCCUUUGACUUGAAGCCACAUCUGCUGAAUCCGGCCACAACCGAGAUCGAACUGGAGACGAAUCCAGCUUCAAAUUGGGCUAGUUACGAUGUAUCCACAAUGGUAUUGUCCGGCAACGUUCCGAGAAAUCAAGGUGUCUCUGCUGCAACGUUGGUGCUCAAAGCGAGAUCCAAAAACUCCGACGUCACAGACGAGCGUACCCUGUUGAUACGUAUCAGCGAUGCAGGUGAAACCAGCUCGCCAACGACGCUGAUUACAGCCCCGACUCUGCCAGCAAACCAGCAGCCCACACCGGCAGGCGGAAGCUUGCCGGAAUCGACUUCCCAACCAAGCCUGCCGACAUCUGGCAGCGAGUCCAACCAAGGCGGAGGACUCCCGCUGGGAAAGAUCCUGCUGGCCGUCCUCUUACCCGUGACACUCCUUGCCAUCGCAUUAUUUUUCCUGUGUCUGGCCUGGCGCAGGCGGAGGCGGCGUAGAUCUCGAACCCUGGACAGAAAGGACAUCUCGGGGCCCAUUCCUGGCAGUUUCAUGCAGGUCGGUGUCCCCGAAGAUUCGCCAAUGCGAAAGAUCAGCAAGAGCGUCGAUGUUGCAUAUCAUCAGGAGACCCCGACAAAGAACGUUGCCCCAGAUGGCCGGGCCUUCUCCUCGGCAGCCUCGAGACAGAGUUUCUACGGGUUUUCAAUGACACCGCCACCACGCGGACCCAAUGUAUCUGGAAGUAUACCAAGCGCAGAGAACGGCCUCAAAGGCGGGAAAAGCGCCAGCAGCGGCUGGAAAUCGGCCAAUAUAUUUGCGGCUGCCACCAGAAAAGCGCGCAGGGCGAGGUCAAAGAGUUACCUCUCAGACACUAGCGUAUAUAUAGACCCGCAGCCCUUCGACGUCUCGACGAUGCCUUUGCCACCUCGAAUAGCUGGAAGUGCCGGGGGUGCGGGUUCAUUCCGGGGAACCGUGGAAUUCGGCAUCCCCACGCUGCAAAGCUAUAACGACAGUGUACAACACACACCAGAAAGGUUCGAGGAUAAUGGGGCUGUUGGAACAGUUGGCACCAUUGAAUCAGGGAGAACCGUGAGGAAAUACUACCUCCCGGCCGCCAAAUCGGGGGAGCCAGGUGGGAGCCAGGAACCCAUGGAUAUGUCUCCUGAUGACCCUGCGACUUUGCCACCGGCUUGUCCUCAGUCCAGGUUCAGCGGGUAUUCAAAGAUUGAUGCAUACGACCAGGAACAGAAUGGCAAGGGCGGUGGCACCUUGGCCGGCUUUGCUAGCAAGCUCAAAAACAAUAACAGCUCUGGUAGCAUCACCACGGUGGACACGUUCAAGGACAAGGCAACAGCAGCAAGAGAGCGUCGAGUGGGAGAGCACAUGGACGGGGGAAUCAUCAAUCGACCGCGGCCGGCAGCUUUGUCGGGCCUGCCAUCGUCACUCCCACACGGUGGACGCAGCCAAUCGGCAGGUUUUCGGGGAGUUCUUCCGCGCUCCACUGCCCCAAGGCCACCAAUCAUCAACAUAUCUCACCACCAAACCGUGUUCAAUGAUGAAAUGGGCGGGGAGUGGACGCCAGUGCCCCCCGACCCGCUUGGAAUAUCGUACGAAGACAUCGCCAACAGCUCGCCGUUUAACCAUUCCCCAACUUGGUCGACCAUCAGGAGUGCAGACAGAAGGGCAUCCCCUACCGAGUCGGGUUCGAGCCCAUUUUCAGGCAAGCCGAACUGGACCAUCCUGAAGGAGGACGACGACUCGCCCGUCAUCAACGAAUGGGUGCAGCGCGAUGGUGAGAGACGAGACGGGAGUGAUGAGGAGGCAGGCCGUGGUGCAGGAGGCUCAGGUCUGGGUAUCCAUAUGCAUAAUGAUAAAGAUCAUGACGUGCCUGUGCCUCGACAUCCACCGGCCGAUAGAAGCUGGGAUGUCGGUCUGGGGUUGAGCAGUCUGUGGAAAAGCAGCAAGCGCCGAGACGACAGGAGUCAACUUUCCGAGGUGGCCAUCAAUUCGUCAUCACUGUCGCCACGGGCUCAGGAGCGAGACACGAAAUACACGUCGCAAUACUCGGUUUUCAGUAGGUGGGGCACGAUUGAGGAGAACAACACCGGGCGGUCGGCUGGCGGAGCUGGCAGUCAUGGGUCAAAAGGUUCGAGGGGAUCGAGUUUAAGAUCUAGGAUUAGCGAUUAUAGGGUUUUUGUUUGA